AUGGCUGCUCGAGGUCCACCAGGCUCCCGUGCUGGAAACUCACGAUUUGCGCAGUUUAAAUUGGUGUUACUUGGGGAAUCUGCCGUCGGAAAGAGCUCGUUGGUUUUACGAUUUGUCAAGCCUAGAUACGAUUCAAACAGGGGAUAUUGGAUAAACAAAGACCACACCGCUGACCAUACGGCAGACCGCGAGAGUACUAUUGGCGCUGCAUUCUUAACUCAAACCAUCUCCCUCGACGAGAACACCACAGUCAAAUUCGAAAUAUGGGAUACCGCAGGACAAGAGAGAUACAAGUCGCUAGCGCCUAUGUAUUAUCGAAAUGCCAACUGUGCUGUUGUUGUUUAUGACAUCACACAGGCUGCCUCAUUGGAUAAGGCCAAAUCUUGGGUGAAAGAGCUUCAACGACAAGCAAAUGAGAAUAUCAUCAUUGCUUUAGCCGGAAACAAGCUCGAUUUAGUCACGGAACAACCGGAUAAACGUGCUAUUACUACUGAAGACGCUUCGAAUUACGCUAGAGAAGCCGGUUUACUAUUCUUCGAAACUUCUGCUAAGACAUCUGAGAACGUAAGGGAAUUGUUCACAGCAAUUGCAAAGAAAUUACCAUUGGAUCAAGCCGGUCCAAGAAAUCCAAGAGCUGGUGGUCCAAGGGGAACUGGUGUUGAUCUCAGGCCCGAAGCGCCAGGAACACAAGCAGGCCCAGGAUGUGCUUGCUAG